AACCGGUCCAGCUCGAGAAUGGCUCCAGAACGGGACGGGUCCAACAGCAGCAGGGUUCUGAGCAACCAGUUCGUGCAGCCGGCGUGGCGCCUCGCGCUCUGGUCCGUGGCCUACGUCACGGCGCUGGCCGUGGCGGUGGUCGGGAACCUGGUGGUGGUGUGGAUCAUCGUGGCGCACAAACGCAUGAGGACAGUGACCAACUACUUCCUGCUCAACCUGGCGGUCUCGGACGCGUGCACGGCGGCCUUCAACUCGCUCAUCAACUUCGUGUACGCCGCGCACGGACAGUGGUACUUCGGAGAGCUCUACUGCCGCUUCCACAACUUCUUCCCCGUCACCGCCGUGUUCGCGAGCAUCUACUCCAUGACGGCCAUCGCCCUGGACAGGUACACGGCCAUCAUCCACCCCCUGAAGCCCCGGCUGUCUUCUAAAGCCACACUCGGAGUGAUCUUCUGUAUCUGGAGCCUGGCCGUGGUCCUGGCCUCCCCUCUCUGCUACUUCUCCAGCACCAGGACCUUACCAGGCAGAACCUUCUGCUAUGUGGCCUGGCCCCGCACAGCUGACGACCCCUUCACGUACCACAUCAUCGUUACAGUCCUGGUCUACGUGCUGCCCUUAGCGGUGAUGGGUGUCACAUACACCAUCGUGGGGGUGUCGCUGUGGGGGAGUGAGGUCCCUGGAGACUCAUCUGAUAACUACCACGCCCAGCUCAGUGCAAAAAGGAAGGUGGUGAAGAUGAUGAUCAUUGUGGUGGUGACCUUUGCCCUCUGCUGGCUGCCGUACCACGUCUACUUCAUUGUGACGGGUUUCAACAAGCGUCUGGUGAAGUGGAAGUACAUCCAGCAGGUUUACCUGUCAGUGCUGUGGCUGGCCAUGAGCUCCACCAUGUACAACCCCAUCAUCUACUGCUGCCUCAACAGCAGGUUCCGGGCUGGAUUCAAGCAGGUUUUCCGCUGGUGUCCCUUUGUCCAAAUGUCAAGCUACGAUGAGCUGGAGCUCCAAAACACGAGACUUCGACCGUGCCACCAGAGCAGCAUGUGCACCCUGUCUCGCGUCGACACCAGCAUUCUGAGCAAAAACAAAAGCAUGUGUUCUCGAGGGAACCGGUCCAAAAGAACCUCUGAGCAGACGGAUGAAGAUGGAUAG